AUGCGGGCGGUGAACACCAAGUUGAACACCAAGAACACGAAAGCAGUCUUUGUAAAGCCAGACCAUGACACUGAGUGGUUGCAUCUAGAGCUCCAAGACGGUGCGGAAGCAUAUUGCCGUUUCAUCCCGGGAAAAGAGCCGGAACUGCAACGUCACCAGCCUCAUGGAAGCUUCCCACGAGAGGAGGGAUCAGUCUUCGAUUCAGGGGAUUGGCUAAAGAGGAAGAGCGCGACUUGCAAGUGGAUUCCGGUGACUUCGAGCAAGUUCCAGCAACAAGAUGGCCUUGAGCAGUUUCUCCAAGCUAUGAAAGAUCCUCACAUCAACAAGGAGCCAAGUUGCAGCCAACGCGACAUAGCGGUGAGUCUGCUCUGCGCAAUGGACAAUAAAUCCGAAGCUGGUGAGACACUGACGUGGUGGCAACAAAUUUUUUCCAAGGACUUCCUGUGUAAAGCUGGCGCGGCAGUAGUCUGGAAAGGGGGGCAAUGGCUUGUGACCACCUAUCUCCUGCCUCCACAAUUGCAAUCCGUGUUGCGUAAGUCGAGAUCCGCAAAGGCUGUGAAGGGUUUGGCGAUGCAGGGGUUGAAUCACAGCGGAUACAGGGGUGAUACUUUUCGUGCGCUGUGCAUUCAUGUGGCGCCGGAAUAUCCUGAGAAUUUGCCCUUGAUUGAAGAGGUAGUGAUAGCCGCCAAUGUGACGGCGGUUGGUGUCCAAAUGACCUCAAUAUCGCUGCCCAAGGAGAACUAUCUACAUGCUGCAAUCUAUUUCGUGAUUGGAAAAGACAGUCUGAAGCUUGAGUUUGGACAGGACGCACUGACAGCCCUUGUUCUGAAGACUGCGAGUUUGCAAAGACUUCGUAACCAACGGUACAGCAGAAUGGAAAAUCUGCAAAAUCCACUGCCACUACGACGCGUGUUCUACCUGUGGACCAGGCUCACGAUCCAGAAAAACGAUUAUGAUUCCGAGCUGUUCAACUGCAACCACUGUGCGGAGAUGUUUGCGAGGUGUUUCCUGGAUGAUAGCUCCGAGGUGGUCCAACUUCUGACAGACAGAAAGGCAGAGUCUCUGAAAGAGCACGGACAUCGCAGGAAGAUACGGACCUUCAUGAUGACCGGCGUGGCAGGAUUGUUCGGGAGCCAAACACAGCAGCCCCACCGGGGCAUUACAGAAGAACCAACUGAAGGCAAUGUUUUGGAAUUCAUCAUGAGCAACUUGAACACAUCCGCAGGCUGGAAGUUUGCGAUGACAGGAAACAACGGAUGUGUCACAAGCUUCCUAGCUCGUCUUGGAGAAAGUUGCUAUGUGGAGUUCUCCGUGUCUCCCGAGGUGUUUUCCGAGGAAAAGGAGGCGAAUUUGGUCAAUGCAACAGUUAAAAAUCACUUGUCGGAAGCUCUCAGUAAAGAGUUCAUCUACACAGCCACCAAACCGAUGGAAGAGCUCAUGUCUUGCUCACCACGUCAGAUGUUGGAAUCGGAACACAGCAAGGAGAUCGGCCAGUUUCAGCUCGGAUUUCAGCCGUGGCGCUCUGAGUCGCACACAUCUGCACAGGCCCAAUGUUCGGAAACGGAACUUAAGGCCUGGGAGAAGGCCUGUGCGGACUGGUGGGCAAGCAAAGUCAUCAUAGAUGGUUUCUUUGAAGCGGUUGGUGGGCACGAGUCCAUGAAGCCCAAGAUGCCCGCCUGGCCAGAACAUCCGGGAAUCAAGGGAAGCGCUCGGCGAAAUCGGAACUUCUCUAUCGCUUUUGUGAUGCUCUUCUUCGUAGCGCAAAUGUCACGUCUUCUGGCUAUUGAUGAUGUCGCUAAGCUUCAGCAUGUGGAUACUGGUGGCAAGAACGCCAAAGACGCGGCGUUGGCCAUGGCUGAGGCGACGCAGGCCGUGAAUGCGACCGCGGACAAGGCGGUGGGCACGGUCCAGGUCGUCGGCCUGGCCUCAGCAGGAUGCAAUGUCUUCCAGAAGCUUGAAGGCCGGCAGCUACCUGGUGAUGGUCUUGUGUCGAGACGAUACCAGCCACGUCGGAACUUCCGACCUUUCAUCUUUUUGCCCUUUGUUGUCUGCGCUGCCUUCGAGAGUCCGCAUCUGAACUAUGAGCUCCAGGUUGUGUCGGACGGUGGGAACCUGCCAAACUCAGCAAACUCCACAGAUCCAUGCUUUCUGGGAGCCCGUCUCACUGACUUCUUCACGAAGGAACAGUAUUGUCCUUUGUUUGCCAGUCAGAGCUAUCUGGGAACCACCUUUUCCUGGUACGGGCUUUUCUUGGCCUCUGUCGGCUUCGCCUGGCUGAUGGGCAUGAGCAUUGAUGCAGGACCCAACUCGCCCUCGGCGUUGGUGCGCUUCUUGGACUGCACGAGGGCCAAGUACGACGAAGGGCACCUGCUGGCCUACUUCGUCACCAUCACCCUGUGCUUCGUCUUUGCGCUGCUCUCGAAACGCGCAUCCUUCAUCGCCGAUUCGGACUGGGUAUCUUGCAUCCGGUACGGCGACUGGUCCGGACAUGAAGAUCUGUGCAUGCCGGGUGCCAUUCUGGAGCAAAGCUGGUGUUCCCUGCUCUUCUGGACCGUGCUGUCCUUCGCAACUUCCGUGUCAGACCAAGGGGAUAUCACGCCCCACUCCAUGCGGGGGCUGUGCUCUUGGCUUCCCUGCUGGCCAGCCCGCUCCUCACCUUCAGACGAAGACGAGGGCGAGAGUACUGAAAGUUUGCUGAGAACAGAAGUCUACAGCACAGACCAGCUGACGGCAGUGGCGAUGAGGCUAAAGGCACUAGUCCGGCGGCAGAUGCACGUCAGCCGGGAGAUGUCCAAGAACCGGCAGUCCAGCCUAGCAGAGGCACUGCUCUUCCCGAUCACGUCUGCCGCCUGGGUCUUCGGUGGGGAGGAUGAAGACGAGGCACCGGAGAUCGGAAUGUCCUUCUACCAGUGA